UUAUAUUAUCCCCUUUAGAAGUGAAAACAGAAGAAAUAGACCGAACCUCAAGUUUAAGUGGAGAAAUUUUGUAUGACGAAAAUAACCUUCAAGCUAUUGGCAAAACAACAAAUCCGGACAGGGAAAGUUGGGAGUAAUUCGUCAUAGUGCACUUUCACCACUAAAAAUCCCCUAAAUCAUCAUCAGGAACCCUAAUUGCCACCAUUGCAGGGACAAGGUCACAAGGUGAUCAUCAGUUCACUCGCCGCUCAUUCCAGUCUGGGAUUUUGCAGAUAUUGGAAAUAAAUUGGGAUUAUAAAAUUGGGAAUUCUUGAGGACACAACUAUGUAUGUGUAUCUUGCACCUGUGAGUUCAUUAUAAAUUAAGAGUACUGCAGCAAACAAGUGAUGGUUGCAUUUUGCUGCUUUAUGUGCUUCAUUCUUGAAACAAUUGUUUCAUUUGCUUAGAUUAAUUUUACCUUCUUUACUUUAUCUUAUUGAUUUUAAACUCAGUGGUAAUAUAUUCAUAUCUUUUGUUUAUGAAAGCAUUUGCUCACAUGCUUCUUGCUGUCAAAGUUCCAUUACUUAUCUAGGGCUAGAAAAUGUCUAAUAUGAAAAAUGGUUUUGUAAAAUGCGUUAGGGUGGCUCUUUAAUCAGUACAUUCACAGAAUGUGCAUUAAUUUACUGCAGGAAGGUCAUUUAUUUCAAACUGGAUUGAAUUAUAAUGGGUCGGGCCAUAGGGUAGUUUCUUGAUGACCAAGCCCAACUUGCUAUCUACUCACUUCUGUGGAUAAUCUAUAAUAUUUUCAUGUGUGCUUAACGAUUACCUCCUUCAAAUUUCAUCUCCUGUGUCUCCAUCACUCAUUAAUUUAUGUUUUCUCUUCUUUUUUUUUUUUUUUUUUUUGUAUUUUUUUUUUUUUGUGUGAAUGCAUUGGUCUAAUUGUCAUUUAGACCAUCCUUACAGCAAUCCCUACAUUUCUUGAAAUUCAUUGCUUCAUUUUUUUUUUUUUCAAACUUGUUGGACAAUACCAUCCUCUUGUAAUCAUUCAGCAUUCUCUCUUGCCUGCCUUUGUUUGUAUUGGCACUGUAGUUGGCCAGCCUUUUACUUUGAUUGAUCACAUGAAUCUUCUUGGGCCUUAUCUCAUGGAUCAAAGUCAAUUGAGAUUCUUACACUGGCAAUCCUCUUGUCCUUUAUUUUGGUUUCCACCUUUCCACAAUUUUCUUCUUUCUUUUGCAAAUGCUUCUUGCUUCAGUGCUUCCAUCAGAGUUGCAGCGCCAUCUUGUCUUACUAGAUUUUUAAGAUGCCGAUGAAAAGAACUAGUGCCACAGCUUCUAAAUUGAGUGAACCUGAGAAGCCUGUUGAGACUGAAGAGCAGGUUGAGCUUGAUGAAGACAAUGAAGAAGAGGAAGAGAUUGAAUAUGAAGAAGUAGAAGAAGAAGUGGAAGAGGAAGUAGAAGAGGUAGAGGAGGAGGUGGAAGAAGAGGAAGAGGGAAGUGAUGUUGGUGAAGAAAAGGGCUCUGAUGAUGAGGGACCGGAAGUUGAUCCUGAAGAGGAAGAUGAUGAGCAGAAAAGACGUACUGAGCUUCUUGCGCUGCCUCCUCAUGGAUCAGAGGUGUAUAUAGGUGGUAUUACUCGGGAUGUUUCAGAAGGUGAUGUGAGGCAAUUUUGUGAGUCAAUAGGAAAAAUUACAGAGUUGAGAAUGAUGAAGGGAAAAGAAGCAAAUCAGAACAAGGGGUAUGCUUUUGUCACUUUCAGAACGAAGGAACUAGCUUCUACCGCCAUUAAGGAGCUUAAUAAUACUGAACUAAAGGGAAGAAAGGUAAAGUGUUCUCCAGCUCAAGCAAAGCAUCGAUUAUUCAUUGGUAAUGUUCCUAGAAACUGGGGGGAGGAAGAGAUGAAGAAGGUGGUAAACAAGGUUGGGCCUGGAGUUAUUAAAGUAGAAUUGUUGAAGGAUCAACAGAAUUCGAGCCGAAACCGUGGAUUUGCAUUCAUUGAGUACUACAAUAAUGCGUGUGCUGAGUAUUCAAGACAGAAGAUGUCAAAUCCAAAUUUUAAGCUUGAUGAUAGUUCUCCAACUGUUAGCUGGGCUGACCCAAGGAAUGCAGAUUCUUCUACUUCUUCUCAGGUUAAAGCAGUAUAUGUAAAGAACUUGCCCAAAAAUGUUACCCAGGAUGAGCUGAAAGAGUUAUUUGAACGUCAUGGAAAGAUUACCAAAGUCGUUCUACCUCCUGCUAAACCAGGACAGGAAAACAGCAGAUAUGGUUUUGUUCACUUUGCUGAAAGGUCAAGUGCAAUGAAGGCUUUGAAGAAUACAGAGAGAUAUGAGAUAGAUGGUAAAGUUCUGGAUUGCUCACUUGCAAAGCCACAGGCAGAUCAAAAAUCUUCUGGUGGAUCAAAUUUACAGAAAGGAAACACAUUUCCGAUCUAUCCACCUCGUCUUGGAUAUGGCAUGGUUGGAGCAGCAUAUUCUGGUGUAGGUGCAGGAAUUGGCCAUCCACUAGCUUAUGGAAGGGGAGCUACACCAGCCGGUAUGGCAAUGAUGCCAUUGCUUUUACCUGAUGGAAGGAUCGGAUAUGUCUUGCAACAGCCAGGAGUCAUACCCACACUACCAACAGCUCCUCAAGGCGGUCAUGGUGGCGGUGGCCAGUUUUCGGGUGGAGGAAGGCGUGGCAACAACAGUGGGCGUGGUGGUGGGGGUGGCGGUGGCGGUGGCGGUGGCCAUAGCAGUGACAUUGGACGUGGGCGUAGUCGAUAUAACCCCUACUAAAUCACCAGCAAGUUGGUGGUGCAAUUCUUAUUCCCCCUAGGAUAUAUAUGCAUUGUCUUAUUGUUGUUGUUAGUAAUCUAACGCAACCUUAAAUCCUACAUUUCUUGAAUAGAGGUUUCUUUCUCAUAAGAAAAACUUUUGGUUUGACGCUGCUUU